ACGCGAUCGCCUUGCACGCUUCGGUCAACAUCAAUAUUCAUCCCUUUGCUUCCACUCCCGAAGACAUGGCCAAUGAAGUACAGGAUGUUAUUAUGGAUAGCCCUGGGGCAGGCCCGUCGACUGCUCCAGGCAUUCCUGUGGAUUCAACACUGAACAUACCCACCUCUGCUCCUUUGCAUCCGCUGCCGUCCGCACAUUUCUACUCUCUGGAAUACCCUGGUUAUGUACAGUCAUGUUCCAUACCACUGGCUGUGGAGCGUCUCGGAGGUCAAGCUAGGCUUGACUCUGCCUUCAGACGUGUAGCGAGCAUGAAGACUGAUUUUCCACUGGAGCUGAACUUUCGACCUGAGAACCCUUAUUCUCACCCUGUGUCUGGCGAGGUUGUUCAUACCAGCAAUUUGCUGCUAAAGGUUGUGAAGAGGAAGAGAAAGAGGAAAGAUGGUAUGCAGUUGGAUGGUGAGCCGGUUGGCGAGUACACAGCGGAGGUAGUUGGUGUUGUCCCAAAAACAGGGAGGUUUCGCGCUAUGGCGGACUUCCAGUUUAGGCCGAAUAUGUCAGACCCAGUAUCAAAGCUACGGACUGCUUUGGCAGAUACAGAUGUUGAAGCCAUCAUAAAUUAUUCCAUUCCUGAAGAGAAAGAGGACUAUACAGUGCCGGUGAAUGGAGCACCCGCAGACAUCGACCCUCAGCUUCUAGGUGCGGAGGGUGUAACACCAAAGUUGAGGAGUAAUCUUCGUCUUCCACCACCAACAUUGUUCAGUCGGCAAGGUAUACCUCAUAACUAUAACUAUAAGGCAAACACAUCGUCAAUCGUGGCUGCGGUCGUGGAUGAAGAGACCGGCGAAGAGAAGAAACGUCUCAUCAACAGUACAAGGUGGAAAGGUUAUGGUCCCAUCGCUAUUUAUUACGCAGACGACAAGGUGCCAGACAAACCGUCGGCCGUGGUGGAGGAACAACGAGAGAAGGCAGACAAGAAACUCCUGAAGCGGUUGGAGGAGCUUUUUGCAGAACGCCCUGUUUGGACACGGACGGCUAUCCUGAAUCAAUUCGAGCCAUUUGAGGUUCGUGAAAUCAUCAAUUCCAAAUUCCUUCUUCCUUUGGUUUCCUACGUAUUUGCAGACGGACCCUGGAGAGAUACACAAGUCCGACUGGGGUACGACCCACGGAGAGAUCCACAAGCACGAUUCUACCAGAGGCUGUAUUUCAGGAAUACCCAUCAUCCAAUCCUCAGAACAUCGGUCGUCGGUAGAAAAGCAGACAAUCGAAGUGAUGGUAUCUUUGAGGCGAUUCGUAAAGAAGAUAAACGGUCGCAUAUAUUUGACGGGAUCAACGCCACGAAGGAGACCGCCGCGUUCCAGCUGUGCGAUAUUUUGGACGAGAUGCUGAAAGAAAUGAUAGAGGACGAGGAAGAUCUUCGGGAAACCUGCCAUGAACGAGAUGGUUGGUACUCCGCGCAAGCGUUCGAUCGCAUCAAGAUUGUCCUCCGACACAAGUUCUUCUCUCUUCUGAUCGGACAUGUCGCAACCAGGGAGGAAUGUGAAGCUUUACUUGCUUCUACUGAGGGAACAGACAAGCUUCCUUCCAAAUCUGCGCCUAAAGUACGACCUGGCAAACACAAUAUGGCAAAAGGAGCACUCAGACCGGAAGAUGCUGCGGUAUGUCCUAACAUGCUUUAUCCUGAAGACAUAGCUGAUCAUGUUGCAGGCGCAAAGACUUCUGGCCACCAUCGACGAAAAGGUCAGAAAGUUCUCUAGUCAGAAGUAGCGCCGAGCAGUGUAUUCUUCCGAUUCCUUGCAACAUGUGUAUUUUUAUCAAUACAUUCCGGUCCACACGCAAUAUCAGUGUUUUGGUGUUUUCAUUUUGCACUGAACGAGACGACAGCGAACUCCUAAGCGUAUUGCAGAGGGCAUAGGGCAUGGUGGCGGAAUUGAAUACAUAAUGCGAGACGUGUCGAAUGGAAUGGCCAGAGAACGAAGCCCAAUCUAACCCC